AUGUCCUGCCGUUCUUUCCGCCCCGGCUCCAGCUGCAAGACCCGGAACUUCAGUUCCUGCUCAGCCUUCGUGCCAAGGACGGGUGACCGCUGCUGCAUCACCGCCGCUCCCUACCGAGGAGUGUCCUGCUACAGGGGACUGACUGGCUUUGGCAGCCGCAGCGUCUCUGGGGGCUACAGGGCCGGCUCCUGUGGCCGGAGCUUUGGCUACCGCUCUGGGGGAGUAUGUGGGCCCAGCACCCCCUGCAUCACCACUGUGUCUGUCAACGAGAGCCUCCUGACUCCCCUCAACCUGGAGAUUGACCCCAACGCCCAGUGCGUGAAGCAUGAGGAGAAGGAGCAGAUCAAGUGUCUCAACAGCAAGUUCGCCGCCUUCAUCGACAAGGUUCGAUUCCUGGAGCAGCAGAACAAGCUCCUGGAGACCAAGUGGCAAUUCUACCAGAACCGGAAAUGCUGCGAGAGCAACCUGGAGCCCCUGUUCAGUGGUUACAUCGAGACCCUGAAGCGGGAGCUGGAGUGCGUGGAAGCGGACAGCGGGCGCCUGGCGUCUGAGCUCAACCACGUGCAGGAGGUGCUGGAGGGCUACAAGAAGAGAUAUGAAGAGGAGGUGGCCCUGAGGGCAACUGCAGAGAAUGAGUUUGUGCUCCUGAAGAAGGAUGUGGACUUUGCCUACCUCCGAAAAUCAGACCUGGAAGCCAAUGCAGAGGCCCUCACAGAGGAGAUUCAAUUCCUGAGGGCUCUGUAUGAGGAGGAGAUCCGAGUCCUCCACACCCACAUCUCUGACACCUCUGUCGUGGUGAAGAUGGACAACAGCCGAGAGCUCAACAUGGACUGUGUGAUUGCGGAGAUCAAGGCUCAGUACGACGACAUCGCCAGCCGCAGCCGGGCUGAGGCCGAGUCCUGGUACCGCAGCAAGUGUGAGGAGAUGAAGGCCACAGUGAUCCGCCAUGGAGAAAGCCUGCGCAGAACCAAGGAGGAGAUCAAUGAGCUGAACCGCAUGAUCCAGAGGCUGACCGCCGAGGUGGAAAACGCCAAGUGCCAGAAUUGUAAGCUGGAGGCUGCUGUGACUCAGUCUGAACAACAGGGUGAGACUGCCCUCAAUGAUGCCCGAUGCAAACUGGCAGGGCUGGAGGAGGCUCUGCAGAAGGCCAAGCAGGACAUGGCAUGUCUGCUGAAGGAGUACCAGGAGGUCAUGAACUCCAAGCUGGGCCUGGACAUUGAGAUUGCCACCUACAGACGUCUUCUGGAGGGCGAGGAGCAAAGGUUGUGUGAAGGUGUUGGAGCUGUGAAUGUCUGUGUGAGCAGCUCUCGGGGCGGGGUCGUCUGCGGAGACCUCUGCGUGUCGGGCUCGCGUCCGGUGACAGGCAGCGUCUGCAGCGCCCCGUGUAGCGGGAACCUGGUGGUGAGCACUGGCGGCCCCUGUGUGCCCUGCGCCCAAAGUUUUAGCCGCGGGAGCAGCCGUUCGGUCCGAUUUGCCUAGAUGCCCCAAACUUCAGCUGUAAAUAACCCCUUCCCCGCCUCCUGGGAAUCAGAAGGUACAACCAGCGCUUUGGACGACGGGAACUAGCAGAGCCUAACUCUCGAGACUGGAGCCUCGGGAUGACUGCAGAGCGGGGCAGGGAGAGAAGAAAGGAGAGGAGAUUCCAAUUUUGAAGCCCGUCUUCUGAGCAGUUGUCUCUAAGACGUCCCCGCCCCCGCCCCCACACACUUCUCUGGUCCCAUAUGUCUCUAUUUCUUGAAGGGGCGUGCUCCCCAAGACAGGCACAAGUUCAUCCUUACUCCUAUCUCCAAUACACUAGGACGGCUAGCUCCUGUCUGUUCUCUCUCUCUCUCUCUCUCUCUCUCUCUCUCUCUCUCUCUCUCUC